UUUAUUUUUUUAUUUGCAGAGAAAUCUCAGAUUUUUACUGCUCCCUCCCCGAAGGGCAGGAAUUGAAAUAACUAGGGGUGGGUUGCGUGUGUGCGUUUUUUAUUUUUAUUUUUUUUUUGGCUUGCGAAACCGCAGCAGUUUCUUCGGCGUCCUCCUUGAUUCGGCGAGGAAAAAAAAUGGAGGCUGUGAUAGAAAAGGAAUGUAGCGCGCUCGGAGGACUCUUCCAGACCACCAUCAGUGACAUGAAGGGAAGCUAUCCGGUUUGGGAAGAUUUCAUAAACAAAGCUGGGAAGUUGCAGUCUCAGCUUAGGACAACGGUGGUAGCAGCAGCGGCGUUCUUGGAUGCUUUUCAGAAAGUGGCCGACAUGGCAACCAACACCCGUGGUGCUACAAGAGAAAUUGGCUCUGCUCUGACCAGAAUGUGCAUGAGACACAGAAGCAUAGAGUCCAAACUCAGGCAGUUCUCAAGUGCUUUAAUAGACUGUCUGAUAAACCCACUUCAAGAGCAGAUGGAAGAAUGGAAGAAAGUAGCCAAUCAACUGGAUAAAGACCAUGCAAAAGAAUACAAGAAAGCCCGCCAGGAGAUUAAAAAGAAAUCUUCAGACACACUGAAACUACAGAAGAAAGCAAAGAAAGGUAGAGGAGACAUCCAACCUCAGCUAGACAGCGCCUUACAGGACGUGAAUGAUAAAUACCUACUUCUUGAAGAAACAGAGAAGCAGGCUGUUAGGAAAGCCCUGAUUGAGGAACGCGGCAGGUUCUGCUCAUUCAUUUCCAUGCUGCGGCCUGUGAUUGAAGAAGAAAUCUCAAUGCUGGGAGAAAUAACUCACCUGCAGACCAUCUCAGAAGAUCUGAAAAGCCUCACUAUGGACCCUCACAAGCUGCCACCAUCAAGUGAGCAGGUAAUUCUAGAUUUGAAAGGCUCUGAUUAUGGCUGGUCCUAUCAGACUCCUCCAUCAUCUCCCAGUACCACCAUGUCAAGAAAAUCCAGUGUGUGCAGCAGUCUGAACAGUGUAAACAGUAGUGACUCACGGUCAAGCGGCUCACACUCUCACUCACCCAGUUCACACUAUCGCUACCGCAGCUCCAACCUGCCCCAGCAAGCGCCGAUGAGGCUCUCCAGCGUGUCCUCGCAUGACUCCGGGUUCAUGUCCCAGGACGCUUUCCAGUCCAAGUCGCCAUCCCCGAUGCCGCCAGAGGCCCUCAACCAGCAGAAUUCGUCCAGCUCUGCCUCCUCGGAAGCCUCUGAAACCUGCCAGUCAGUGAGCGAGUGCAGCUCCCCCACGUCAGUCAGCUCAGGCUCUACCAUGGGGGCUUGGGCCUCCACAGAGAAGUUGUCUAAUGGGUAUUAUCACUGUAGUUUGUCCAGUGGCCCGUCCUUAGCUUCCGUUGGUGCAGGCCCUUCCCCUCAUUUCCCGCCUGUCUCCCACGCAUGGACCCGGGCUUCCUCUUCCACCACCCUCCUUCCAGACUGCGCUCAUUAUUACACCAUUGGGCCAGGCAUGUUACCAUCAUCUAAGAUCCCUAGCUGGAAGGAUUGGGCUAAGCCAGGUCCUUAUGACCAGCCCUUGGUAAAUACUUUGCAACGCCGGAAGGAAAAACGAGAAGGAGACCCCGCUGGGGGAGCACAGAGUGGACCAGCUCUGGCCACCGAGGAAGCUCAGAGACCUCGGAGUAUGACAGUGUCGGCCGCCCCAAGGCAAGGAGAGGAGAUGGAGGCCUGCGAAGAGCUGGCUCUGGCUCUGACUCGAGGAUUGCAGCUGGACACCCAGAGGAGCAGCCGGGAUUCCCUGCAGUGUUCCAGCGGCUACAGCACCCAAACGACCACACCUUGCUGCUCAGAGGACACCAUCCCCUCGCAAGGUAAGCAAUUUUCGGACUAUGACUAUUUCUCCGUCAGCGGGGACCAAGAGCCGGAGCAGCAGGAAUUCGACAAGUCUUCGACUAUUCCGAGAAACAGCGACAUCAGUCAAUCGUACCGCCGCAUGUUUCACGCCAAGCGCCCUGCGUCCACCGCAGGCCUCCCAACCACCCUUGGGCCUGUGCUAGUUACUCCUGGCGUGGCGACCAUCCGACGGACCCCUUCCACCAAACCGACGGUCCGGCGUGGGACCAUAGGGGCAGGGCCAAUACCCAUCAAGACUCCCGUGAUUCCGGUCAAGACGCCAACCGUCCCAGACAUGCCGGGGGGGCUGCCGAGUGUGCCAAGUGGGGCUGAAGAAAGCCCUGAGCAAAGUCCAGAGGCCGGAGGUGGCAACCCAGUUGGAGUCGGUGCAUCCUUGCCGUGGAGCGGUCAGGCAUCCACCAACCCUCCCGCUGUGAGCCAGAAGCCGAGCGCCGGAGAGGAGCAGAGACAGGCAGCCGGGGAAAGGGAAGGAGAGGCCGGCGAAAGGGAGAGCCCCAGCAUGACUGCUCCCCCAUGCCAGCCGGUGCCUCAGUUGGGGGACCAGAAUCUCGGGGAGGCCCCGCAAGGCGAAGACAUGCUGAAUGCGAUUCGCCGGGGUGUGAAGCUGAAGAAGACCACCACAAAUGACCGCUCGGCGCCCCGCAUUUCCUAGACGCUGGACCACCGCCAGUUGACCAGCUUCACAGAGACUGAACUACCUGAUGAAACCGUCUGUCUGUCCAUUCCACUGUACAAUCAGAAUUUGCAGGAUGCUCAUUAGCAAAACAGCUGGAAACGUUCUUUAAAAUGAAGGGCAGCGGGGGUGGGAGGAGGGAGGGAACCUGCAAACUAAAACGCUUAAGGCACAGCCUCUUUCUGAUUUUUAUUUUUUUUUGUAAAUACUGCUGAUUAUUUUUUUUCCUGCACAUUUUUAACCUGAGUUUCCCUUUUAAUUUUUCUCCCCGAUGGUGCCAAAUCCUGUGUAACUUUUUUUUAUAAACACUUUGUACAAAAACAAAAGGAAAAAAACGUUUUACAUGCGUACGAAGAUCAAGUAGCUUAAACUUUGGCAAGGAGAGAGUUGUAGUAAUACAUUCUUGCUCUCCCCGGGAAUUUUUUUUAUUUUUUAUUUGCAAAACACCUUGUCAUGAGAAGGGUGCGAAAACCAGCUUUUAUUUUUUAACGUACAAAGGACAUGGCAAGAAACAGGUCCUCGCUGAAGUACAGUGACUUGGUUUUUUUAUGUUUGAAAGGCAGGAAACAGCAGCUGAUUGAUUAAAGCAAUAUAUAGUGGAAGAGAGAGGGGGGAGAGCCUGUAAUUGGUUAGUCUUUAGGGGAUAGGAAAAGGGGAGGGACUUUACUGUUGCACAAAAGUAGCUUAGCGGUAGCUUCAAGAUACAUGCGUCCGAAUAAGCCAUAAUGGAUUGCAGUGUUUGUUUAUGUAGGAAGUAUAUGGGCGCUUUACACUAGGAACAUCCUCCUGUGUUUAGCCUCUCCCAUUAAAAUUUGUCAAGGCUCCACAAGACCUCCUGCCUAAGAAGAGCCUCUGUGGACUGUUCCUUCUAAUAAUAAUAAUUUGUAUUAUUCCACCCCACCUUUGUCUUCAGGACUGUACAAGCAGCAUCUUUUGUCAAGUCAUGCCAUCUUAAGCCAGGUUGGACUUAAGAACUUUAUUUGUUUUCUCCCUUCACAUUGUCUCAUUUGUUCCCCCCCCCCCUUUUGUUAAGGGACAGUAACGAAGAAGUGGAGAGAAAGAAGUGUGUAGACUUGAAAAGGGUUGUGGUGGGGAGAUUUACCAGGGAGUUCUUAGUUAAAAACUUCUCAACAAACUGGCUAUGCUCAGCAGGCUGGGCAGCUUAACAAACAAACAAACAGACAGCAAACACCCCACCAAUUUUGAGGAAACAACUUGAUCUGAUGGGGAACCAGCUGAGAAUUCUGAUGAAAUGAGAAACGUUUAUUGUAAGGGGCCUGUUUUUCCUUCUCUUAAGUGACAUUUUGGGUUGGCUUUUUCAUAAAUGCUAAAAGCUUUGGGGGAAUGCGGGAGGGAACGGGCACACAGCUUUGCUUUUUAUUUAUUACAGGGGUUACGGGGGGGUGUUGACCUUUUUUUAAAAGAGACUUCUUAGCAACGAAUUUUAGGAAAGCUGUUAAUAAAUUUAUAGAUGGGGUUUUUUUUCCUUCUCUUUUCUUAACAUGAAAAUUGCUGUGAUUAUAAUCCAUUUCAUGGGGUCGGUAGAAAAUGUGCAUUACUCGUGCACCACGGGUGUCCUGCAGUUCUGUGGGUUGUCUUUUUCUUUUAAAGCAUUCUGCAGUCUAAAUGAAUACCGUCUGCCUUAUCUCUAUAUGGGCAAUGCAAGCGGAAUUAAUGGAUCAACAGACCUGCGUGUUGGUGGUUGCAGAGAAGUAGCCCCUACAGUGGGAGAUCAUUUGGGCAUAUGCUCACACAUCUCCUCCUCCACGGACAUUCUUGAGACUCCUAUUGGCUGCCAUCUUGCCUACAUAACCUCUUAUGCUUUAAAUACAUAACUGCAUUGGAUGUGAGACGUAUUGUAAAACUGUUAUAGUCACUGUGUUCUAUAUACAUUUACACUGCUGUGGUUGCUUAACACUUUUUAAAGUUAUGGCUUCAGAAGCAAAACAAAAACAAAAACAAAAAA